AUGGAUUUUGUGGACCAAGCUAGUCCUGAAAAUGAGGUUGAGUUGGUAAAAUCACUCCAAGACUUGACUAUAGUCGAGUCGUGGAAAGAUGGGAAGCUGAAAUCCACUACCUUCUACCAUGUCACAGAGGAUGAGGAGGUUUCCUACGGCUAUACGCCAAAGAACAAGCGCGAAAUGACUAUCGCGGAAUUCAAUUCAUCUCUACGACGUGUCCAGGACAAAGAUAUUUAUCCAGAGAUCCCCACCGACGUCCAGUUGACGCUUGCACCGGAAGGGCUGGGCUCUUCUUUAGUUUAUGUGAAACGGCCAGGCCUACAGUGGUACGAGGAUAUGAUUGGGACGAACCAUCUCCCUAAAGCCGUUCUCGAUGAGACAAUCGUCAUGGAGCGGAUCUCAAGAUCACCACACCGAAACGUAAUUCGAUAUUAUGGCUGUCGUGUCAAACGUGGUUACAUCACGCCGAUCGUUCUCGAGCGACUGGAUCAAACACUGAGCGAGUACGCCUCGACAUCUGAUUUCCAGCAGCUCGACAAAGUCAAGUUUUUCGAAUCCCUCAAGUCGGCGGUGGAGCAUCUACACACCAUAGGGCUAGCGCAUAAUGACAUCAAUCCGAAUAACAUCAUGGUGAAGAAUGGAUCGCCGGUGUUGAUUGACUUUGACUCCUGUCAGCCUUUCGGAAAACGUUUACAGUCUUUGGGCACGGAGGGAUGGUAUGAAAAGCUGUUUUAUACUUCUGAGAAAGAGCAUGACAUGUAUUCUCUCGGAAAACUACAGGAGUGGCUUCAGACUGCUAAGUGA